CCGAGUAUUCUACAUUCUCACACAAAACAUCAAUAAAAAUGGCUGAUACAAUUGUUUGGAACACACCUGCCGAAGAGAUUAUCAAGAUCUACAAGACAGACCUUAGUGGUAAAGUAGUCAUUGUUACUGGCUCCAACGCAGGUAUCGGAUUAGAGGUCGCCCGUGUUCUAUCUCUUGCUGGCGCCAAAGUGAUCAUCCCUUCUCGUACACUUGAAAAAUCUCACGAAGCUAUUGCCACUAUUCACGAAACUGUCCCCCAAGCCGAUCUCAUUCCUAUGCAAUUAGACUUGAGUGAUUUUGCCACUGUUCGUAAAUUCGCACAAGAUUUCCUCGCCCUCAAUCUGCCACUGGAUAUUCUGGUCAAUAAUGCAGGUAUGGUCAUUGACCACAAAGUCUUUACCAAAGAUGGCUUCGAGUCACAAUUUGCCGUAAACUAUCUGGGUCAUUUCUUACUGGUCCAACUCUUGGAAGAAAAAAUCAAAGCCAGUGCGCCUUCUCGUAUCGUCAUCACCAGUUCCUGCUUAAAUGCACAACUCAACCCUAUCACCGGAUUGGAUUUUGACAAUCUGAAUGGAGAAAAGGAAGGCUAUAGUAUGCUGUGUGCUUAUGGUCGUAGUAAAUUAUGUAACAUUUACCAUGCUAAAGAGCUCCAACGUCGAUUCGAUGCGCAAGGUGUGGAUGUGACCGUUACCAGUCUUCAUCCGGGUAAUGUCAAUACCAAAAUGAAUGGUGGUAUUUCUUUCUCGAUCUUUAGAGAUAUGUUGAAACAUCUUCGCCGUAUUAGUAUGACCUUGUCUGAAUUGAUGAAACCCAAGGAUACAAAAUUAGGCGCUUCUACCUCGGUGUUGUGUGCUGUGUCACCCCAUGUAGUAAAAGGUGCCUUUUAUAAUCACAAUAAGAUAGAUACAGAAUUUUUACAUGAAGAAGCAGAGAACGAGGAGGCAGCUAAAAGACUAUGGGAGAUUUCGGAAAACUUAUUAAAAUAAAAUGAAAUAAUCCCAAUUGUUUAAAAAA